AUGCUAGUUUGCACCCCCCUGUCCCUCACAUCCGUCCUCAUCGUCCCCAACGCAGCUGCCGCCCCCCAGGCUGUGCUCACCCUCCUCGGCUUCACCGCGGCGGGCGUCAAGGCCGGCACGUUUCCGUUUUCACCGCCUACUUCUACGGCGGGGCCGCGCGCCUUUGCACAGUCUGCCGGCGCGGCGGGCAUCAGCGGCUGGUUCAUGGGCAUGCUUGGCUCUGCGGGCUGCGGCACCAUGGAGCUCGCGCGCGUCGACACCUCGGGCCUCCGCUGUCUCUGUAAUGCGACUUGCCUGUUCGCUGGCGGCAUGCUGUCCUACUCCGUGUGUGACGGCGAGGGCCUCGUGCCCACGCUCUACUUCUACACCCCCUAG